AUGGUGAAGGAAGUGCAUUUGUGUCACAAGGGAAUUAUACCAAUGAAGGGUAUAAUAGUUGAGGAGGUGGAGACGCUCGCUAUCAAGGGCAGGGUGGUUCUGGAAGAGGUCGUGGAGGACCAAGGUGUGUCAUAUGUGCGGGGGGGGGGGGUGGAGGAAUCUGCCUACCAUUUAUUUGUGGAGUGCCCGGAGGCUGCGCCAUUGUGGACUGGACUUGGGGUGCCGGCGGUGCAACAUGAGCAAGGUAAUGUUGUAGAUUGGUUUUUUGCUCUAAUAGCUGUGCUUGAUGAAGAUAUUAAAUGUAAGUUUGUUAUUUUGUGCUGGGGUAUAUGGGGUAGCAGAAAUGAGCUGGUAUGGAAAGGAAACCCUUUUGUGCGUCAUUUGGUGGCUACUUCAUCACUCAAUUUCCUUGCUAGCUGGAAGGUUGUACAAGAAUGUGAUCAGACUACUACUGCUCCCAGAAUAAAUAUAGAAACCUGGAGAAAGCCUAGCCACGGCAGAUUGAAAAUGAAUACCGAUGCGGCUUUGGAUGUUGUUAAUAAUUCUAUGGGUCUGGGCUGGGUGCUACGUGAUGAUGAAGGCCGUUUUCUUGCAUGUAAAAGCCUGUGUAUAUCGGGUUGUUAUGGGGUGAAGGAGGCUGAAGCAUUGUGUAUCCGAGAAGCGCUAAGUUGGUUAAAAGAUACAGGAAUGGGUGAUGUUGAUGUGGAGACCGAUUCUCAAUUAGUUUACUAUGCGUUACGUUCGAACUCUUUUAAUUCUGCUUUUGGUUUUAUUUUAAAUGAUGUAAAAGAAGUUGCUUCCAUGAUUAAUGGUGUUGACUUCUGUUUUGCUAAGCGAUCUGCGAAUCGCGCCGCCCAUACGGUUGCUAGGGAGGUCGUUUCUAUGUCAGGUUGCGGGGAGUGGUUUGACACCCCUCCUCCUUUCCUUGUGGACUAUCUUUCUGAUGAUUUAAUGAAUUAA